AUGAUCGCAAGACCGGUGCUGGCGUCGGCUUCUCCCCUGGCGUCUCUUGAUGGUUUCCCUUCUCUUGCUCAGUUCAUCGCUAGCGAUCCAGAUCAUACCUCGUUAGUCUUCAGGCGACUCGACAGGCUUGCCGCAAGAAACCUGCUAUAUAUUCAAAGUGAGCUAGUGGAACUCGAGACACUCCGAGAUCAUAAAGGGGAAGCAUUGUUGUUUGAAAGCACGCUAGCCACUCCGAAGGCGCCGCCUGUUCGCACUUUCGAAAGCUUCAUGAACACCUCCACUCGACCUGCUGAUGAUACAUACCAGCGAGAUUCGAUAUUCGGUGGGCAUAGCGCAAAACUGUACAGCACCAACGAGGAUUUAGUGCUGCUCAGGGUUUUUGAGCACAGCGACAGACUGACUGCUUUUCCCGAGGAUCGUAUGCCAAUCUUCUUCAUGUCAGGGCGAAGUAGCAACGAUAUGGCAUACGCUUCGCAAAGAGGUAUUGCCAGAUUUGUGACGAUAGUCAGCAUCAUACUCUCCGUCGUACUGUUGUUCAGCGCCAUCAAUACGCUCUUUCAACAUGACGAAAAACUCAUCGUCGUUGGGAUGUAUGUCAUUCUGUUUGCCAGUAGCGUCGGGCUGCUGACUACAGCGAAGAAGGCGGAUAUAUUUGCGGCGACUGCAGCGUAUGCUGCGGUACUGGUUGUGCUUGUGAGUGGAAAUCUGGGGUCGGCAUCAUGUGAAGCCUCUGGGCAAGUUUGA